AUGGCUUACCAGCAGCCCAGUGUUGAAUACGCGGAUCCCCGCACUCAGGCCGCCGAUAACGAUCAAUUCGAGCCGCCAGGCAACAGAAACCGAGAGGCGUCAACUGCCCGACGUGCAUCGAUAAUGCCCGAACAGAGUCGAUACGCCCCGCCUCAGAAGCCCAUCGACGAGGCUGUAACAAAGGCUUUCGAUAGGGCAGGCGCAGAGACAUCAAAUUAUGUGCCGCCUGAGCUCAUCGCCCAGAUCACACAGAACGUCAUAAAACAAUUGCAGACAGGCGGUGGGCUCGACGGAUCCACGCCUGUGCCUUCUCACAGCGCCUUCUCACCCCCUCCUCCUUCCAUGCAUCAACCUGUUCCUCUAUCACCAUCCACCACUUCUGGGACCUCACCAAACAUGACAACCCGAGUCUACACACCUCCUUCACCGAUGAAGCACUCCGACUACCCAAGCCACACCCCACCACAGUCGCAAUCGGGAUACUCACCAGACGACCUACCGAGCCCACGACACGAGAAGCCUGCUCACCUCAACCCCAGAAGAUCUUCUUCCCCUCAUAGCCAAACGAGCGAGUCGAGCGACAAGCCACAUGUUAGACCAAAAGGCCCCGCGAGGCUUUCGACAAGCAAGGAAGAAACUACAUUAGAGAAGAUCUGGGGUCAGCUGUUCGAUGAAGAUGGCCAUCCGACGAAAAGACUGGGUCAAUUUCUCCGCGGAUUGGCAGUGCACAUUAUUGAGGAUUAUGAGCCCCGGCAUAGCAUUGUCAUCACCCCUACAAAGAUGGUAAAAUACUACGAUGACGUCAAAUUGUCAGAUGAGCUGUAUCCAUGGCCGACUGUUUUCGACGACGAGCACUCUUCAAUCUCUCGCAUGUACAGAGAUCUCGAAUGUCAGCACCAUCUUGUGCAAGAGAGAUAUGACGAGAGACCAGACAUACCGGGCCUUACACCGGUCGGCUUCGAGAGAUGGGCAACGUUGCUCAUUCAAGCACAUCCUGAAGAAGAAUUUGGGAGGCUCCGGAAGGCCGUGCUAGAUAUGCCAAUCUGCAACCCAGAUGAUCGAAAAGAGCGGUUUCCGAAAGAGCUCUCACGACGCUUGUUCCCAGGGCAUGAGGAUCGUCGGACCCGUGAGAAGUUGGAGGAUUCCAUUUCGGAGCACGCAGCUAUCGAAAUUCCACGCCGCCGGAGUCGAGAGGAGCCUCCCCCACCUCGUUAUGACUCUCCGACCCAUAAGCCUGGCGUCGCUGAACGGGACUACGCUCCUCAAAGCCAUCGCUCAAGCGUCAGCUUUGAUCUACCGUCCACCAGCUCAGCCGCACCUUCAACCUACAUGCCCUCCCAACUGGAGCGCGAACGCAAACCCUACUCCAACGUUCCAUCUGAGUCCGCGAUCGACGACACUAAUCCUCCCAUGCCGCCUCCACCUUCAAAUCCCAUCGAACGUGCCCGCCAGCCGUACAGUGCCCUUCCCGGUGGCGGCAAGCAAUUUGAAGACGAAGCAAGGUCGACCAAGCCCCGUCCCGAAAGCUUUGUAGGCUCAGCACCCAAGCCGAGUCGUUCAGACUCAUCCGCUCGGUCUCGCCCUAUCCCUGUCAACAAUCCUCGCCCAAUGGAAAUUCCAAAGCCAACAGAAGUCCAUCAUCACCGCGCACCCAGCAACGCAGGCCGCCGUCACCGCAGCCCCUCGUUCAGUCGCGGCUCCACGAACGACUUCAGACGUUCUGACGGCGAUAUCAGAGGCUACCAGCCCAGCUCCUACCAAAUGCCCGCCUCUGUCCCUGUGGGCGCUCCUCCGGUAGAAGCUGUCAUUGACGAAAAUGACACCCGUCGAUAUUUCGAAAAGAAUGCUCGAGAGCGAGCUGAGCGAGUUAGGAGGCAGGCGGAGGAGGAUGCGAGGGGCUAUGGAGAGAGUCCGAGACGUUAUGACCGUGCUGGCCCACCACCGAGGAGAGACGAAUACUUGAACGACGAGGAUUACAACCGUGCUAGUGGACGGCAGGGAAGCGGGCAUGAUUACGGCCAGCCAUAUGGAGGCCCUGUCUACCGGUGA